AUGGCAGAUGAAGUCGACCGAAGACUCGAUGCGGCUGUCAAUGAGGCUUUUGAUGAAUAUUUUGAAGACACAUACAACAUCAUCGUGGAGAAUCGAACAGAUAAAAAGAAGAAACGUGCAUAUGUCGAACAAAACCGCGAAGCGGGCCACAACCGUCUAUGGAAUGACUAUUUUAGUGAAAAUCCUUCAUUUUCGAAAAAUUUAUUCAGACGUCGUUUUCGCAUGAACAAGCAAGUAUUCAUGCGUAUUAUCGACACCCUCUCAGCAAAUGUUCCAUUCUUUCAGCAAAGAAGAGAUGCAGUCGGACGGUUGGGUCUAUCUACACUACAAAAGUGUACGGCGGCUAUUCGUAUGCUUGCUUAUGGCUGUGUGGCUGACGCCGUCGACGAGUAUCUCCGACUCGGUGAAAGCAUCGCACUUUCAUGUUUAACCCAUUUCACAGAUGCCGUCAUUCUAUUAUUUGGAGAAGAAUAUCUACGGAGACCCAUUCCUGAGGAUCUUCAACGUUUACUCGAUAUUGGAGAGAUCCGCGGCUUUCCGGGGAUGAUUGGAAGCAUCGACUGUACCUUAAACGAUAUUAACGUCCUUGAUCGAUCACCUGUAUUUGAUGACAUUUAUCAAGGUCGAGCUCCAAGGGUAACGUACAUGGUCAACGGACACCAGUAUGAUUUGGCGUACUACCUCACGGACGGUGGAUACACUCUGUACGAUACAUCUGAAUUUGAAGAAGGAGACUCGAGCAGAAGUUCACAUGUUGAGCAUAUUAACAACAUGCCUACCCAUUUCGGUAAUAUGCUUGGUCUACGGAAUCAUGUUCGAGAUAGGCAUACACAGGAAGCAUUGAAAAAUGAUUUAAUCGAAAAUAUUUGGAACAAGUUUGGUGAUGAUGAAGAUGCAUAA